AAGAAGCAUUAAAUCUCAUCCAAUCUAUCAAAUCUUAGCAAAUCGUAAGCGAAAAGAUAAAGAUUCCAUCAGCAGCGAUUACGCCUGUUUCCAAAAUCCGCUGUAUCUGGAUUCCAGCAUGUUCUAUCCAGCGGCACAUUCCGUACGAAGACAGCGGCAACGAAAAAUCUUCGCUUGGAGGAACACCCUGUGCGAGGCCCGAAGCAGGGAAACGUCAAAAUCAUCCGGUCGACUGCAGCGAGAGAGCGAGUUGUUGUUAUUUACAAACGCAAAACGCACAGUAAUUUAAAAGGUGUAAACAUGGAUUCCGCGCCGCGAGAGCUUUCUUUGGCAGAAAUUCGCAGUUUUAUGCUGCGAAACAACUGCAAAGUGACAAAUCACGCAUUGGUGAAGCAUUUUCGUGCCUUUUUAACGAAUAAAGAAACCCAAGAUGAAGCAAGGAAACUGUUCAAGAGCUACGUCAACACUUUGGCUUCGAUCAAAAACGACGGAGCCGAAAAGUUUCUUAUUCUACGCAAGAAAUACGUAGACGAGUGCCCAAGUGAAGAUGCCGUAAAUCUAAACAUUCCGAUGAGCCCAGGAUCUCGGUCAUUGACAACGGUUCCUUCGGAUGGUGAGAAUUCUCCCUUCAAAAAUCCCCCACCUUAUCGUCCGCCUCCGGAAGUUCUCGAUCAGGUGAAUCCGCAUCCGUACCAGGGAAGCCCUCGUGGAAGUAUUGCUUUAUCGCGCAAAAAUAGUUCCGAGACUUGUCGAAGUGGUUCCGAGUACAGUUUUGGGAGUGAAUUUACCGGUAGUGAUAGAAAAAUUGGUUCGGCCGUAGUCCGAAGUGAAAGUGGUGAUUCCCGUUUGCGUUCCGAAUUGGCCAGGAAACAAAGUGUGGAACUGUAUCGUUUCGAUAGCCAGGAGGAAUCUGCUCCAGCUAUUCCGCCUCGAAAGCGCACAAGCGUUGACCAAACUGGUGGCCAGUUGCGACAAUUUUCGGUCGAAGAAAAAUUGAGUGAUCCCGCGAAAAACGUUUCCGUGUCCGCGAGUGAUUCCAUCGAGAGUGAAUCGAACAAGGAGAACCACAUUCAGCAGGCAGAAGGAGCUGUGUUUGAUGGCGAUGGUGGGGCAAAAACAGCAAGUUCCGAGCAGCAGCUGGAAGAAAACAAACUGAGUGUUAAGGAGAAGAUGAUGAAGUUUAACCGUUUUGCCUCAGAGGAAGAAGCUAAAGUUCCUUCGCCACUCGGGAAGAAGAAGCCCGAAAAGAAUUAUGACGAUACGCUGAGCACGGAAAACCUGCUUCAGCAUCCGAAGGCCAAGGAAUGGUUGAUCGCUGCAGCCAACGCAAACUACCAGGAGCUGGCAAAACUCUCUACUGACUAUCCCAAUCUGGUCAAGUUGCAGGAUAUGAGCACGUAUACUGCUCUGCAUUGGGCCGCCAAACAUGGAAACGAAGACGUCGUCAAACUUGUCGCCGGUACUCUAAAGGCAGAUGUCAACGCAAGAACGAAUGGGGGCUACACUGCACUACACAUCGCAAUGCAAUUUGGCCGGAACGACAUAUUUGAACUGCUAUGUAACGUCUACAAAGCAGAUCGGGACCUGCUUGACUGGAGCGGAAAGAAACCAUUGGAAUAUCAGAAACAGAUGACAACGGUGUCGGCAUCCACCUACAGCAAAAUCAAGGCCAGGAAAAAACAUACAGAAAAAGACUCGGGAUUCCUGAGGAUUGGCUCACUGAACGUUCGAGUGAAGAAAACGACCGAAGCCUUCAGCAACUUUUUGGGAGUUGGGACCAACACGACGCGUCUUCCUCCGAAUAUGAGAACUAGCGCUCCACCAAAUUCAGCUUACUUUGACAAGUUGCACAAGAGCUGGGGAUCUGCUGAUAAUAUACCGAACGAAGAUGGCACCAUGCCUCCACCCAAGUAUGGUUCUGUGAAAAAACGUCGUCCAAAACGGGAUGUUGAGUACGAUCCAGGCAACGACCACUUCAGUCAAAGUGUUCCCACUACACCUAGUCAAACGAGAGCUCCAAUCGGAAUUCUGGCAGAAAACCCCGAUACCGAGUCGGAAAAUCUAGGCGAUUCGGAUUCAGAUACAGCAUGUGGUUUCGAUUCAAAUUGGAGACCGACUUAUUUAUAAACAUAAACGUCAGAUUUCGUCCUUAUACUAUUAUAUUAUAUCGGCAUUUAAACUAAAAAGUAUAGUACGAAAAAAAAAGUUUUAAAGUAAAUAAAGAUGGUAGUUCUAUGUUGAAAAACAAA